CACCUCCAGUCAAGCUCCUGGUGGAGAAAGGAGUAGUAACAAUUCUCUCUGCGUACUGGCUCGUCGUCGGCCACAGGUCCAGGCUCAGGUCCCGCUGCAGAGCCCUGACACUUUGCCACCAUGGAGCUCCGUUAUGCGCUCACAUUCCUCUGUGUUGUCGUGGUGCCUGCGUGCACAUCGGACACUGAAGUGAGCAGCCACUUUGUUUUGGAGCCUUAUGAUUUCCUCUUCGACACGGCGGUGGAAGCUUACUAUAAGGGGGACUGGUUAUCGGUGAUUCUGAACAUGGAGAAGGCUCUCAAAAACAAAGCCACUUUGCGCAAAGUUAAAGCUCAGUGCCGCCAGAGCUGCGCCAACCAGACCGCUUUCGGCGAGCCUUUGGCCGGGUUGGGAGUUCCCAUACCGGGGACCGGCUCUGUGGAGGACCUGGGCUUCUUCCAGAAAUUCCUGAAGCGGGCCGACUGUGUGAACUCCUGCGAAACUGAGAAAGUCGGCGCACCAAGUUUGCAUCUCGUCAGCGAGGAAAUAGAGCUGGAGUUCAAGAAGAGGAGCCCAUAUAAUUACCUACAAGUGGCGUAUUUUAAGAUCAAUAAGCUGGCCAAAGCAGUAGCAGCUGCCAACACGUUUUUCCUGGCCAACCCAGAUCACAUGGAGAUGAGACAGAAUCUGGACUACUACAGGAUGAUGGCAGGAGUACAGGAGGACGACUUCAAAGAUCUGGAGGCCAGGCCACACAUGGCCCAGUUUCUGCUGGGAAAGAGCUCCUACAGUGACGACUCCUUCAUCCUGGCGGCUGAACACUUUGAAUCAGCCGUAGAUGAGUACUUCAUAGCUGAUAAGGAGUGCAGAGUUCUGUGUGAGGGUGCCUACAACUAUGAUGGAUACAACUACAUGGAGUACAGUGCAGACCUGUUCCAGAGUAUGAGUGACCACUACCUGCAGGUGCUGAGCUGUAAGCAGCACUGUGCUGUGGAGCUGGCCUUAACUGCUGGCAGAGACAAGCCCUUUGAGGACUUCCUGCCUUCACACUUCAACUACCUGCAGUUCUCCUACUACAACAGUGAGAAGUACGAGAAGGCCAUAGAGUGUGCUAAGACCUACCUGCUGUUCCACCCUGAGGAUGAGGUGAUGAACCAGAACCUGAACUAUUACUCUGCCAUGCUGGGCGAGGACAAAGCAGCAGCCAUAUCAGCCCGACAGGUGGUGAAACAGUACAUUCAGCAGUCGCUCCUGGAGAAAGAGCUCCUCUACUUUGGUUAUGAAGCCUUUGGAAUCACUUUUGUAGAUCCGGACUCGUGGACUCCCGACGAUGUCAUGCCUAAGAAACUGAGAGAGAAACAGAAGGCUGAGAGAGAGACUGCAGCGAGGAUCACAGAGGAGAUAGGAAACCUGAUGAAGGAGAUUGAGAAUCUGGUUGAGGAAAAGAAGAAGGAUUCUUCAGAAAUGACCAAGAUGAUAGUGCCACAGGAAGAUGGCGCUCUGCUGUACAGUGACAUCAAGGUGACCAUGACAUCCAAGCAGCUGAAUGGCUCCCAGCGGGUUUUGCUGGACGGUGUGAUCACAGAUGAGGAGUGCAGGGAGCUGCACCGUCUCUCCAAUACAGCUGCUCUAAAAGGCGAUGGCUAUAGAGGACGACCAUCCCCACAUUCCCCCAGCGAGCUGUACCAGGGAGUCACCGUCCUGAAGGCUGUCAAGCUUGGCCAGGAGGGGAAGGUCCCUCUGAAGAGCGCUCGUCUGUUCUUUGACCUCAGUGAGAAAGUGAGGAAGGUCUUAGAGUCCUACUUCCGUCUGGACACUCCACUCUAUUUCACAUACUCCCACCUGGUCUGUCGCUCUGCCAUCGAUGAGAAGCAGGACGACCGUAAGGACAUGAGUCACCCUGUCCACGUCGACAACUGUGUGCUGGUUUCUGAGGUCAACGAGUGUGUAAAGGAACCUCCUGCAUACACUUACAGAGACUACAGUGCCAUCCUUUAUUUGAAUGAGGACUUUGAAGGAGGAGAGUUCAUUUUCACAGAGCUUGAUGCCAAAACAGUGACGGCGGAGGUGCAUCCAAAGUGUGGUCGCGUGGUCGGUUUUGGAGCAGGGAAAGAAAACCCCCACGGUGUCAAAGCUGUCACCCGGGGUCAGAGGUGUGCUGUUGCUCUGUGGUUCACCUUGGAUCCUGCUCACGAGGAAAAGGAAAGAAUCCAGGCUCAGGAUUUGCUGAAGAUGUUUUCUACACCAGUGGAUGCAGAGUUCAGUAAAAAUGAGGCCAUGGAAACUGAGUCUCAACCCAAAGCUCCCGCACAGGCUGACCAGGAGGCAGCCAGAAAAAAAGAAGUAGGAGAGCAGAAGCUCAAGCUGAACACGUCGGGCGAUGCACAAACUGACCUGCUGAAGGAUGCGGGGGAGGCGAAAACAGCCAGUAAAGGAACCACUAAAACCAAAGCUGCACCUAAAACAAAGCCUAAAGCUGGAGAUCAAACGAAGGCAAAGACGACAGGCAAAGUUAAAGCUGCUGCUGCAAAAGAUGGAAAACAGACAGCAAAAACAAAAGCAAAGCAGGGUGAUAAACAGAAAACAAAACCAGCUGCAAAAAAGACAGUAAAAGCAGUUAAGAAGGACUCCACCUCAGCACCAGACUCUCAGAGCAACAAGGAUGAAUUGUGAUCAAACAACACGUGCCUCUGUUUUCAUGUGGGGCCAGCUACUGUCUACAAGAUCUUCUCUGUGGGUGGUUAAAUAAAAAGCUGUGUUACAAAAUGUCA